AAUGAGAGAUAUAUAGGAUGAAGCUAAAAAAAAACCAUUACCUUUUUAACGUGUAAUUGCAACAGCUAACAAUAGUAGAAGAUUAAAUUCAAAAAAAAAUUCAAAUCCAAAAACACCUAAUAGUAUUGAAAAAGAAGAAUAUGAAAUUUAAGAAUUUGAUAGUAAGUGGAUGUGUUAAACAACAGUAAGAAAAAUGCUUCAUCCUACUUUAGAUGAUGAAUUUCAAGGUUCAAAUAAGAUAUGGAUUCCAGGAUUCUUAUCAAAGACUAAGAAUAUUCAUAGAGCACAAUCUUAAAAAGGAUAACGGAAUUAGAAUAAUAGAUUUCACACUGAUUCACUUGUCGGUUGA